CGAAUGCAAAGAACGAGGAAAGGGAAGGUCACUUCGGCCCGAAAGCCGAAGAGUAGUUGUCGUGCAAGGAGACGAAGAGGGGCGCCGAAUCUAAACCCGAUAACGAACCAGCUGGUGGCAGUGCCGUCGUACGACGUUUACGUGGAAGUACGGCCUUCGCGAAAAUUCAUUUUCCAUUUAAUUCCUAUCGAUGAUUUAAAGGGGAAAAUUUGUAAAACGAUAGAGGUAGUGUGACAGAGCUGGAAACUGUUAAAGCCGUGCUUGUGAUUCUUGUUAUUGUACUUGUGAUCCAUCGGUUUUCGGUGACUACUAAUCGAAACGAGGCACAGCAAGGGAAUUAGAGAAUAAGGAAAAUAGAGAAGAGGGAAAAAAUAAAAACAGAAACAUGCCGUGACCGCACCUCAGGUGACAUCAGGAUGUAUCGUACAGUCGAAGGGAAAUCACUGUGUUUGUAGCACGUAUAACUUUUGAUUGGACGACAAAUGUCGUAGGUAUUCUUAUCUGUGCUCAGGUGUGUGCGUGUGUGAGUGAAAUCGUGUGUGCCUGUGGGUGCUGCUCUCCUCGCUUGUACCUGACCUGACCCAGGUGAGCACCUGGACCAACAACGAUGACUACAAGGGAGUUAUACGUGAAGAAUGGUAGAGUAUGGGUGCCGCAUCCAGAAAAAGUUUGGGAAGGUGCGGUGCUCCUGGAAGAUUACAAAUUAAAUCAGCUAACCUUGAAAGUCCAUACGGACGAUUCGAAUCAAACGAAAGUCUUGGAAAUAAAAACAGACGCUGAUCUACCACCCUUGAGGAAUCCUGACAUACUCAUAGGAGAGAAUAAUUUGACGUCGUUGUCAUUUCUUCACGAGCCAGCUGUUCUCUACAAUCUUCAAAUUCGUUUCCAGCGACACUGUAUUUACACGUAUUGCGGUAUCGUUUUGGUCGCUUUUAACCCAUACAAUGAACUGCCGAUUUACGGAAACGACACGAUAUGGGCGUACAGAGGUCAGGCGAUGGGCGAUCUGGAACCCCAUAUAUUCGCCGUCGCCGAGGAAGCAUAUACGAAACUGGAAAGGGAAGGUCACGACCAAUCCAUCAUCGUUUCUGGGGAGUCCGGCGCGGGAAAAACUGUUUCUGCAAAAUAUACGAUGCGAUAUUUCGCUACCGUCGGUGGUUCAACGACCGAAACUCAGGUCGAAAAGAAAGUCCUUGCGUCGUUACCGAUUAUGGAAGCCAUUGGCAAUGCAAAGACAACGAGGAACGAUAAUUCCUCGAGAUUCGGAAAGUUCAUCGAGAUUCAGUUUAACAAACAUUAUCACAUCACCGGGGCCAGUAUGAGAACUUAUCUCCUCGAGAAGUCAAGAGUCGUGUUUCAGGCAUACGAGGAAAGGAAUUAUCAUAUAUUUUAUCAAAUGUGUGCAGCCGCAUCGCGUCUUCGACAUUUGCAUUUAGGCCAUCAGAAUAUGUUCCACUACCUAAAUCAAGGAAAUGAUCCCUUGAUAGACGGUGUGGACGAUUUAGUGUGUUUCGAUGAGACAAUAAACGCGCUUACCAUGCUCGGAUUUUCAUCCAAGCAGCAGGACGACAUGCUUCGUAUUUUAGCGGCCAUAAUGCAUUUAGGAAACGUAAACAUAGGGAAUUCUGAUCACCAAGCUUCGAGCAACGAAAACGACACCGAAAAUAGUUAUAUUCACUCGUCGGACAAACAUCUUCUAAUGAUGUGCGAGUUGCUGGGCAUCGACGUAAACGCAAUGCGAAAAUGGCUGUGCCAUAGAAAAAUCGUGUCGAUGAGAGAAGUGUUUCUGAAACCAAUGAACGUAGAGCAAGCGAUCGGUGCCAGAGACGCAUUGGCGAAACACAUUUACGCAGAAUUGUUCAACUGGAUCGUGGCUGGUAUCAAUAAUUCUUUACAAUCUCAGAACAAACCCCAGUGUUUCAUCGGUGUUCUUGAUAUUUACGGUUUCGAGACCUUCGAAGUCAAUUCUUUUGAACAGUUUUGCAUAAAUUACGCGAAUGAAAAACUUCAACAACAAUUCAACCAACAUGUCUUCAAGCUAGAGCAAGAGGAGUAUUUUAGGGAGGAGAUCGAAUGGACUUUUAUAGAUUUCUAUGAUAAUCAACCCUGCAUCGAUCUUAUCGAAACGAAACUGGGUAUCCUUGAUCUUUUGGACGAGGAGUGCAGGAUGCCAAAAGGUACAGAUAGUUCGUGGGCAGAGAAACUUUAUUCCAAGUGCGGAAAGUCGAAACACUUUGAAAAACCACGAUUCGGAACUUCUGCCUUCCUCAUUCACCAUUUUGCCGACUUGGUGCAAUACGAAACGACUGGAUUUUUAGAAAAAAAUAGAGACACCGUUAUUGAGGAACAGGUUGAUGUCCUGCGAAACGGAGAUAACAAGUUACUGAAGAAAUUGUUCAGCGAGGAAGAUCCAAAACUUAUGGUACCAUCGAACGUGAGAGUAAAAGUAUCCGCUCAAAAACCAGUAUUAAGUACACCUAAGCAAAAUAAGAAAACGGUAGGUUCGCAGUUUCGCGACUCGUUGAACAUGUUGAUGUCAACAUUAAACGCGACCACACCGCAUUAUGUACGCUGUAUCAAACCGAACGACACGAAGGAAGCUUUUGAAUACAAUCCAGUUCGCGCGGUACAGCAAUUACGAGCUUGCGGUGUUUUAGAGACGAUUAGAAUAUCCGCAGCCGGAUUUCCUAGUCAAAGAACAUACAGCGAAUUCUUCCUCAGGUACAGAAGCUUGUGUAAAUUCAAGGAUAUACGACGGGACGACCUUAAGGAAACUUGUCGACGUAUAUUGAGCAGGUACAUCAAGGAUGAAGAUAAAUUUAAAUUUGGUAAGACGAAGGUUCUUUUUCGUGCCGGUCAAGUAGCCUAUUUAGAAAAAUUACGAGCAGAACGACAGCGAGAUGCUUGUAUAAUGAUCCAAAAGACAGUACGCGGACUCAUUUGUCGUAGUAGGUAUAAGAAAAUUCGGCGCGCUGUGCUUGGACUUCAAAGAUACGGUAGGGGGUACAUCGCAAGGCAAAAGGCACAAGCUGUGAGGCGAGAAAGGGCAGCGAUCAAAAUUCAAGCUCGUGUCAAAUGUUGGUUGAAGAGGCGCCGAUACCUUCAAAUAAAGCGCACAAUUCUUGGUAUUGAAACGUAUGGCAGGGGAAAAAUGGCGCGACAAAGAUACAAAUUGAUGAAAGACAUUGCCGCUGCGACUGUAAUUCAGAGAUUCGCCAGGGGUUACCUUGUACGAAUGGCAUGCAUGAAGAAGAAGAACGAUAUUAUCAUUGUCCAGGCUUGCAUUAGAAGGCAUUUGGCGAAGAAAGUAUUUAGAAGAUUGAAGGCUGAAGCAAGAAGCGUGGAACACGUAAAGUCUCUAAAUAAGGGAUUAGAAAAGAAGAUCAUUACGCUACAGCAAAAGAUCACUGAACUUACGAAAGAGAAUCUAGUAUUAAAGAACUUUCAGAACGAAGUGGUUGACUUGAAACAUAAGCUUGAUGGGCUAAAAUCUGUAGAUGCAGAAAAUAGAAAAUUGAAUGCUAUAAUAAUAGAAAAAGAAAAGGAAUUAGGAAAGAUACAAGAUAUAGUGAAAAAUGAAAGGGACGAAAAGAUGGACAUUUUGCAGGAUAAAGAGAGAAAUACUCAAGAAAGGGAACAGGAGAAUAAGGAACUUCAAAGUGAGAUCGAAAAGUUACGAAAAGAAUUGUCGGUAGCUAGUGAGAAAUUGAAGAAUAAUCAACGCGGUGCUGAAGAGAACUUGAAGCACCGUUUAGAACAGGAGAAAGAUCUACUCCUACUGGAUCAGGAUCAGGAUCGUGGCGCUUAUCAGAAACUACUGAAAGAGUAUCACGAAUUGGAGCAACAUGCAGAAAUGCUAGAACAGAAACUCACUAUGCACGCACCUGCUCAUUCGCGUUCUCUUAGUAAUGCUUCUAGCAGUAGUGGGCAAAUUGUGUCUACAGAACUUCCACAGGAUGAUCAGAAUAUCGACUUGGGUUACGGGUCAGUAAGAUCGACUGCUUCUUCCUCGACUCCUUACUCACGAUUGGAAACGAUCGACUGGAACCAGCAGAGAUCGGAGAGUCCACCCGAUGGAGAGAUUCAAUCACAUAAAUCACCUUCGGAAACAAAUGGACCGGCACAUGCGCCAGUAGAUAUUGGUCUAGUCUUAAAGCUUCAACAGAAAUUAAAGGAUGUUGAAAAAGAGAAGGGAAGAUUAAUCAGGAUGGUAGAAGAUUUGGAGCGCGAUAGCCCUGAAGAAUCUUCGAGGAUGCAAGAUACAUUUAGGCUUCAAGAACUGGAAAUGGAGAAUGCUCAGUUAAAAAAAGAUUUAGGUUCGCUGAGAAAAAGCGUGUCUUCGGGUGUAACGGGUGCACAACAGAAUCUCAUGGGACAAUUUGAUGCGCUUCAAAAAGAACUUGAGAGAAGACGGGAAGAAUGCAUUCAACUGCACAGUGUGUUGGCUGAUAAUACGCGAAGGAUGAAGAGCCUAGGUUCAAAUUAUGGUCGCGAUGUGGAUAUUAUAAACGAGGACGGAGAGUUAGUACUUGCCUUUGAGGCGCAGAAAAAGAUCAACAGUAGACUUAAGACAAAGCGAAAGGCCUCAAGAGAGCAAUUGGAAGAUGAGCUCCAAAUGAAGGAAAAGGGAUGGCGAUCACAGAGAGAUGAAUGGCGAGCAGAAAUCGACAGGUUGCAAGAGGAAAUUGAGAAGCAACAGAAAUUGUUAUCCGUAAAUUUGAGCAAAUCGCCACAAACUCAGACUGAGGCAUAUAUGCAACACGAAAUUGCCAGGCUAACAUCCGAAAAUUUGGAUCUGCAAGAGAAAUACAAUAAAAUAGCUGAAGAAUGCAGAAAAUUCAAGAAACAGUGCAGAGUACUUGCGAAACGUUUGAAGGAUGCAGGAUAUGAGGGAGAUGAUACUAAGGAACAUAAGGAUCGUUCUUACAUAUCAAGAGGCGCUGUACCGGAUACUGCAGAAUCUGUAAGCGAUUCUGCGAUAAUGUCUUCCACUGGGAAUUCGGCAGAUAAUGGAAGCAAUUUACCAGCUAUUCGAAAGAAAGAGAGAGAUUAUGAAGGCAUGUUUGAGUUUAGAAAAGAAGAUAUCAAUGUAAUAAUACGUCAUCUCAUUGUCGACUUAAAACCUCGAGUUGCAGUAACAUUACUUCCUGGUCUACCAGCCUAUAUUUUUUUCAUGUGUAUAAGGCAUACAGACUGCAUAAAUGAUGAUGAAAAAGUAAGAUUGUUAUUAACAGGUUACCUCAAUGCUGUGAAACGCGUAGUUAAGAAACGUGAAGACUUUGACUCUUCCGUAUUAUGGCUCAGUAACACAUUAAGGUUGUUACACAAUAUGAAACAGUAUUCCGGAGAUAAACCUUUCCAAAUCGAAAAUACUCCAAGACAGAAUGAACAGUGUCUCAGAAAUUUUGAUUUAAGCGAGUAUCGGGUGGUACUGAGCAACGUGGCGCUUUGGAUUUUCAAUAACAUUGUAAUGAAUCUUAAAGAAAGAAUUCAGGCCCUGACCGUACCUGCCCUUCUUGAACAUGAAGCUAUAUCAGGCUUAAAUUCGAACAAGCUUGGUCGACCACGGUCCUCUUCUAUGGGAGAAGAACCAGAAUCAACCCAACAGAAACUCAAUAAACUUUUAGAUGAACUUACUUCAGUGUAUAAGACUCUUCAAUAUCACGGUGUUGAUUCUGAGAUUGUUGUGCAACUUUUCAAACAAUUAUUUUAUUUUAUGUGCGCUAGUGCUCUAAAUAAUUUGCUUCUAAGGAAUGAACUUUGUCAUUGGACAAAAGGGAUGCAGAUAAGGUAUAAUUUGAGUCACUUAGAACAAUGGGGAAGGGAUCGAAGAUUAAUGCCAGCAUCCGAAGCACUUCAGCCAAUUGUACAAGCAGCACAGCUUUUGCAAGCUCGUAAAACUGAUGAGGAUGUAAAUUCUGUAUGCGAUAUGUGCAACAAAUUGACUGCAAAUCAAAUAGUAAAAAUUCUAAAUUUGUAUACACCAGCUGAUGAUUUUGAAACGCGUGUGCCAGUUUCAUUUAUUAAAAAAGUCCAAGCUAAAUUGAGUGAACGAGGUGAAAACAACGAACAAUUGUUAAUGGAUCUUAUGUACUCAUAUCCAGUGAGAUUUCCAUUCAAUCCAUCUGAUAUUCGGUUAGAAGAUAUCGAUAUACCUGAAGUACUUCAUUUGCCCAUGCUCAAAAAGGUGUAAUCAUACUAAAGGAGAAACUUAGACGCCCUGCUGUGCAUAUAACUUUAGUUAACAGUCUAACGAAUAAUCAAAUUCGUAUAGCAUACUUAUUAAAAAAGAAAAAAAAAAGGGAAAAAGAAGAAACAAAAGGAGGAAAGAAAGAAUUAGAUUACUUUGAUCAGAUUAAAUAACGAACGCA